AUGUCUAAUAAGCAAAAUGUGGAAGUACUGCUGAAAGAGAUUAGAAAAUUGGAUGAUGAUGAUGAUACCCAUCUACCACUCGAUCCAAAUCUUAAGACAAAGUUUCAAUUUACCGAUCCCUCUAGAAGUGAGAUUGAUGAUCAGAUCAGAUCCAGAUAUUUAACUCCUCGAAACGAGCUCACCUGGGAUCUUCUUGACGAAUUUCAGAAUGUGCCGGAUGUUGACACGCAUAUCACCAAACAUUUCUACCGCUCUCUACUAUAUUUACCGCCAUUGGCUGAUAGAACAUGCAUUAGAUUCAAAAGACAAGGUAUUGAAGGAUCAAUUGUUUCUUAUGAUGAGCAGUUUGACAUUUCUCUACUAGAAUCAUCCAUGUCGGCAUCGAAUUCCCUCUCUGUAAAGCGAAAAUUCACCUCCAAAAGUCAGGCUCUUAGAGGAACUUCCACGAAUCUUCCGUUUCAACCUGGUGGAAUUAUGUCGAGUCAUGUUCUACAGGAUGCGACAAAAUAUCUUCAUCGUGAUUCUCAUGGAUUGUUUGACAUUCCCCAGGGAUUCAAGCGAGGUUUGAAAUUGCCGUUAGAGGAUGAUCAACAAGAUGACGAGUUGAAGAUAGAACAGCUUAACGAUCACCCUGAUGAGAGAGUGGAUAAUGAAAAUAGUGAAAUUGUCGUUGACGACGAAAAUGACGAACAAUCUUUGUUUGAGUCCAAUGAUAAAAGCAGUGAAUUGGAUGAUGUAAUAUCCCGAAUCAUUCCUCCGGGAUCUAUUGUCAGACCUUCAUCUGUAACUUCUGCUGGUACCACGCAUUCUAAGCGGAAUAAGGAAUGGACGCAUAUGAUUCGGUUGGACCAUAAAAUAGAGAACUUUGAUGAACUAGUGCCUAACCCCGCCAGAACGUGGCCUUUCAAAUUGGAUGUCUUCCAACAGGAGGCAAUAUAUCAUUUGGAGCAGGGUGAUUCUGUAUUUGUUGCUGCGCAUACAUCUGCCGGUAAGACUGUGGUUGCGGAAUAUGCCAUUGCUAUGGCUCAGAGGAACAUGACUAAGGUUAUUUACACGUCCCCCAUCAAGGCGUUGAGUAAUCAAAAAUUUAGAGAUUUCAAAGAAUCAUUUGAUGGUAUGGAAGUGGGUGUGAUUACUGGUGAUGUUCAGAUCAAUUCUGAUGCCAAUUGCUUGAUUAUGACCACUGAAAUUCUUAGAUCAAUGCUUUACCGAGGUGCAGACGUGUUAAGAGAUGUCGAGUUUGUCGUCUUUGAUGAGGUCCAUUAUGUGAACGAUGUUGACAGAGGUGUUGUUUGGGAAGAAGUCAUUAUUAUGCUUCCACCUCAUAUCAAAAUGAUUUUGCUUUCCGCAACUGUUCCAAAUACUUACGAGUUUGCCUCAUGGAUUGGUCGUACCAAGCAGAAGGAUAUAUAUGUGAUAUCGACUCCAAAGAGACCUGUUCCAUUGGAGAUUGAUAUUUGGGCACGUGAUAGGCCUUUCAAAGUGAUUGACUCAAAUAGGAAGUUCCUUGAAAAAGGAUUUUCUGGUCAUGUGGGUAAAUUGACUUUGAGUAAAGCUUCCAAGAAAGAAGAAUCUGGAAAGGGAGAAAGAGGCGGAAGAGGAGGAAGAGGAGGAAGAGGAAGAGGCAGUAGAGGCGGUAGAGGCUCUGAAACGAAUGGCUUUCGUGGGGGCGGAAACAGAUCUGGUGGUUCCAACGGUAAUCGUAGAUCGGGCUACGAUGGACCUACAAGAAAUACUUGGCCCACUCUCAUCAAUUAUCUUCGUAAGCAUGACCUUCUACCUGCUGUGAUUUUUGUGUUUUCUAAACGUAAAUGCGAGGAGUAUGCUGAUACUCUCAGCGGUAUAAACUUUUGCUCUUCCAAAGAAGCCUCUGAAGUCCAUAUGUUCAUUGAUAAGGCGGUUUCUCGCUUAAAAAGAGAAGAUAGAGAACUUCCGCAGAUUUUGAAAAUAAGAGAAAUGCUUGAACGAGGUAUUGCAGUGCAUCAUGGCGGUCUUCUUCCAAUUGUAAAGGAAGUUGUGGAGAUAUUGUUUUCUAAAUCAUUAAUUAGGGUUCUUUUUGCCACGGAAACAUUUGCCAUGGGUCUCAAUCUUCCCACCAGAACUGUUGUUUUUAGCUCUCUUAGAAAACAUGAUGGUACAGAUUUCAGAUAUCUUUUACCUGGUGAGUUCACACAGAUGUCUGGAAGAGCCGGUAGAAGGGGUAUUGAUACUUUAGGUACUGUCAUGGUGAUGUCAUACAAUAUGCCACUUGAUAGAGUCAGUUUUAAGGAGACUACGAUGGGUACUCCAACGAAACUUUCCUCACAGUUUAGGUUAACUUACACCAUGAUAUUGAAUUUACUUCGAAUUGAGGCAUUGAAAGUUGAGGAUAUGAUUAAGCGCUCAUUCAGUGAAAAUUCUGCACAAGCCAUGCUCCCAGAAACACAGUUGGAGGUUGUGAAAUCCGAAAAGGAGUUGGAGGAGAAAUACAAAGUAACUAUUGAUGCAGACGAAUAUGCGGUGUUGAAGAAAUUUUAUGAAAGCAUGGAAGCCUACAGAGACACUUAUAGGGAAUUGAUUGAGGAAGAGGACGCUUCUAGAUUAUUGAAGUCGUUAUUCCAAACAACAAGACUCAUUGUGUACAGAGAUGCUGAUGGAUAUAGUGGUCCCGCUGUGACUACUUCUCUUAUCAAUAAUGAUUCUACUGUUACCUGUUUCGGUGUUAAUAUGCGGAAAAAAGGCAAACAGUCUUUCAAUAUGGCGUUCAAUCCUAAAUUUGGUCACAAGUACAUUACUGAUUACUUUGCUCAAUGGAAGGACGUCAAAAGUUAUCGUACUGAGAAUAUUUCUUUGGAUUCUAUUGAGUACGUCAGUUCUAUUAAAUUGGAUGUCAAUAAGAAUGGCCUCUUACGGAAACGGCACGAUGCUUUUGAAGAUUUCAGAAAGCAAUUGGAUUAUCACUUUGAAAAGAGGUCAAGCUGGAGUGAAGUAAACUGGAAGAAGCAUAUGAAUGCUAGCGUUCUAGAACUAAUAACGGAUCAUGAAAUGCAAGAAAGGGAGAUCAUUCAUCAACUUGAAGAUCCACAUGUUGUCUCGUUGCUAGAACAAAGAUCAAAAUAUGAUCAGGUCUUUAGAAGAAUGAAUGCGGUGAAGAAAAUUGAGAGCAUGAAGCUUUCUAUGAGUGAGGAGAAUUUGAAACUUUUACCAGAGUAUCAACAACGACUUGGGGUGUUAAAAGAGUUAGGAUACGUGGAUAUCGAACAGAUGACAGUUAGUUUGAAGGGUCGUGUUGCAUGUGAAAUCAAUUGUGGGUGGGAGUUGGUUAUUACUGAGUUGCUAUUCACUAACUUUUUAGGAGAUUUCUCGUCAGAGGAAAUUGUGGCCUUACUGUCUUGCUUUGUAUACGAAGGAAGAGGAAAAAAGAACGAAGAGCCAGCUGAGAUUUCAUUGUCAACGCCCAGGUUGGAGAGAGGUAAGAAUAAGAUUUGUGCUAUCGUUUCCAGGCUCACCGAUAUUUAUGUGCAGAAGAAAAUAACUAUGACAUCCGAGGAAGAGACAUUCUUGGAAAACAACCGAUUUGGACUUGUUAAUACGGUAUACGAAUGGUCUAGGGGCCAGUCAUUCAAAGACAUCAUGGUAAACUCGAAUGACGCUGACGAGUCUGAAGGUACCAUUGUCAGGGUAAUUACUUUUCUUGAUGAGAUUUGCCGACAAGUAAAGAAUGCAGCCCUUAUUAUUGGAGAUUCCGAUCUUCACAUGAAGAUGACUGAUGCUCAGGAGGGGAUCAAAAGGGAUAUUGUUUUCUGCGCAUCGUUAUAUUUAUAG